AGCCACUCCCUAAAAACACACCUGAUUUCACAGACUGCUGGGAAUCCGCAGUCCUCCUCAUUCACUCCACAGGAAAACCGAAAUUCUGGCGAAACACUUUAUCAGCUCUUCCAGAUAUUACUCGAACAGACUUUUCAGUCAAACUGUAGUGGAUUACAUAUUUUGUGCUGGAAGGUUUUUUAAAACACAGGGAAAACUUGACCACAUUAUAUAUUUUUAAAAGUCUCAUCCCUUCAUUUAGAGUCUGACGGGAAUUUCGAGAGUUUGAAUCUCUGAGAAACAUGACUAGCAUUAACACUGCCAACAUCAACUUCAAAUGGGAUCCCAAGAGCCUGGAGAUCCGCACAUUGGCUGUGGAAAGACUGCUGGAGCCCCUGGUCACCCAGGUAACCACACUUGUGAACUCCAGCAACAAAGGACCAUCCAACAAGAAAAAGGGGCGCUCCAAGAAAGCUCAUGUUCUGGCAGCUUCUGUGGAGACAGCCACCCAGAACUUCUUGGAGAAAGGUGAGAAGAUAGCUAAAGAGAGCCAGUUCCUAAAGGAUGAGCUGACUGCAGCAGUGGAGGAUGUCCGCAAGCAAGGCGAAUCCAUGAAAUUGGCCUCAGGAGAGUUUGCUGAAGAUCCCUGUUCUUCAGUGAAAAGGGGUAACAUGGUCCGUGCUGCACGUGCCCUUCUGUCUGCUGUCACUCAUCUGCUUGUACUGGCGGACAUGGCUGAUGUAUACCAACUCCUGCUUCAGCUCAAACUGGUGGAGGAGAACCUGGUGAAGGUGCGUAAUGCUGGCACUGAGCAAGACCUGGGCAUCCAGUACAAAGCUCUGAAGCCGGAAGUUGACAAACUAAACAUGAUGGCAGCCAAGAGGCAGCAGGAGCUCAAGGACGUCCAUCACAAAGACCAAAUGGCAGCGGCCCGUGGCGUCCUGCAGAGGAAUGUUCCAAUGCUGUACACAGCCUCGCAUGCCUGCCUGCAGCAUCCAGACGUGGCCGCAUACAAGGCCAACCGCGACCUCAUUUACAAGCAGCUGCAGCACGCAGUCUCUGGCAUAUCUAAUGCAGCCCAGGCUACCAGUAGUGAGGACUCCAGUUUCUCCCACCCUGCAGGUGGAGGAGAGCUGGCCUACGCCCUUAACAACUUUGAUAAGCAGAUCAUCGUGGACCCACUGAGUUUUAGUGAGGAGAGGUUCCGCCCAUCUCUGGAGGAGCGACUGGAGAGCAUCAUAAGUGGUGCCGCCCUCAUGGCCGACUCGUCAUGCACACGUGAUGAUCGCCGGGAGCGUAUUGUGGCCGAAUGCAAUUCUGUUCGCCAGGCACUGCAGGAUCUUCUCUCUGAGUACAUGGGCAAUGCUGGACACAAGGAGAAGAGUGAUGCCCUUAAUACGGCCAUCGACAGGAUGACUAAGAAGACCCGUGACCUACGCAGACAGCUCCGGAAGGCUGUGAUGGACCACGUGUCAGACUCUUUUCUGGAGACCAAUGUUCCACUGCUGGUAUUGAUCGAGGCUGCCAAGAAUGGUAAUGAAAAGGAGGUGAAGGAAUAUGCCCAAGUUUUCCGUGAGCACGCCAACAAACUGAUUGAGGUGGCUAACCUUGCAUGCUCCAUCUCCAAUAAUGAGGAGGGAGUGAAACUGGUGCGGAUGGCCGCUUCCCAGCUGGAAACGCUUUGCCCCCAGGUGAUUAAUGCAGCCUUGGCCCUUGCUGCCAAGCCUAACAGCAAGGUGGCCCAGGAUAACAUGGACUUGUUUAAGGACCAGUGGGAGAAACAGGUGCGAGUGCUAACUGACGCUGUGGAUGACAUCACUGCUAUUGACGACUUCCUAUGCGUGUCUGAAAACCACAUUCUGGAAGAUGUUAACAAGUGUGUCAUUGCCCUGCAAGAGAAGGAUGUUGAUGGGCUUGAUCGCACCGCUGGAGCCAUUCGAGGAAGAGCUGCACGUGUAGUCCAUGUGGUCACCUCUGAGAUGGACAACUAUGAACCUGGAGUCUACACCGAGAAGGUUCUGGAGGCCACCAAGCUUCUCACUGAUACAGUGAUGCCACGUUUCACUGAGCAGGUAGAGGCAGCUGUAGAGGCCCUCAGUGCCAACCCCAGCCAGCCAGUUGACGAGAACGAGUUCAUCGACGCCUCACGUCUGGUGUAUGAUGGCGUGAGGGACAUCAGGAAGGCCGUGCUCAUGAUCAGGACCCCAGAUGAGCUGGAUGAUUCGGACUUUGAGACAGAAGACUUUGAUACUCGCAGCAGGACCAGCGUGCAGACUGAAGAUGAUCAGCUCAUUUCCGGACAGAGUGCUCGGGCCAUCAUGGCUCAGUUGCCCCAGGAGCAGAAGGCGAAGAUUGCAGAGCAGGUGGCCAGUUUCCAGGAGGAGAAGAGCAAGCUGGACGCAGAGGUAUCCAAGUGGGAUGACAGUGGAAAUGACAUCAUCGUUCUGGCCAAGCAAAUGUGCAUGAUCAUGAUGGAGAUGACAGACUUCACCAGGGGCAAAGGACCACUGAAGAACACCUCUGAUGUAAUCAGUGCUGCAAAGAAGAUUGCUGAAGCCGGCUCGAGAAUGGACAAGCUUGGCCGUGCUAUUGCAGAUCAAUGUCCAGAUUCAGCAUGCAAGCAGGACCUGUUGGCCUAUCUGCAGCGUAUCGCCUUGUACUGCCACCAGCUCAAUAUCUGCAGUAAAGUUAAAGCAGAGGUGCAGAAUCUGGGAGGAGAACUUGUGGUGUCUGGGGUGGACAGUGCUAUGUCUCUGAUUCAGGCAGCCAAGAAUCUGAUGAAUUCAGUGGUGUCUACAGUGAAGGCCUCCUACGUGGCAUCCACCAAGUACCAAAAGUCUCAAGGAAUGCAAAACCUCAACAUGCCUGCCAUCUCCUGGAAGAUGAAAGCUCCUGAGAAGAAGCCACUGGUCAAGCGCGAGAAGCAAGAUGACGGUCAGACCAACAAAGUGAAGAGGUCCUCUCAAAAGAAACAUGUCAACCCUGUGCAGGCCUUGAGUGAAUUCAAAGCAAUGGAUAGUAUUUAAGCAGCCCUUGUUGCAUUUCACCAGAUGGCAGUAGAUUAUACUUAAGAUGUAGAUUGAGCCUUACACUCAUUCAGAUUUAGAGAGGAUCAAUUUAAACGCAUUCCUUUCCUUAGUCACCAACCUGCCUUUUUUCCAUAUAUGCAUUGGCAAUGCUGAGUGCAUUGAGGUCUAUAUAGCAAAUGUUAUAUUUUUUACACAUGAUUGCAUUCUGCUCAGUCUGUAAACGCAAGAUUUUCUUCCUGAAGACAGGUAGGGGAAUAAAUUGGAUUUAGGACAUUCCCUCACAUUUCUAUGUACUGUCUGAAAACCCCUUUUCUAGAUGAUUAUUGUCUUUUUAAACAUUUAAGUGUAUUUUACAAGGUGACUUUUUAUAUUCCACACUAAAGGCUUUGAUGUUGCCCAUCACUGGCUUGAUGUUUUUUUUUUUUUUUUUUUUUUUUCAUUGCUUCUAUGCAAACUCUGACUGUAACAGUUGCAAUACUUCUGUUUUAAUAUGAAUCUAUAAAAGAGAACAGGCAUAAUUUAGUUUCAGUCUCAAGACCAAAGUCAUUGUAUUUGCUGUGCCUAAUAAACCUUUUGAUUUUUUUUUUUUAUACUGCAAACAUCCUGCAUUAUAGUAAAAAGACUGAAAACUCUGAGGUAGAACUUUGCAAACAAAAAGAACUGGAACUGGUUGCUUCACUAAAGUUUGCCUAAAGAGAGAACAAUCUCAAUAACGCCCUCGGUAAUCUAAAGGUGCAGUAGGGCAACACAAAAUGCAAGCGAGAGAUGGAGAGCGAGUGAAUUCAAUCUACUAGCCCCCGAUUUAAAUUCAGAAGACUGGCCUUAGGCCUCUCUCUCCCUCCACCCUUACAUGACUCAGACACUGAUUAAAUGAAUCAACGCGCCUCUUAUUCGGAGGAGUGCACGUUAAAAGGUGGAGAACUCUUAGGCUAAAUUGGUGUGGAUGGACUUGGCCAGAAGUCUGCGAGCUGCCAAGCACAACCAACGAUAAAUGGGAUCAACCACCUCGAACACCCAAAAUGAGCUUCCAAAGCGCAGCGAUCAAUAUUCCUCAUAAGGCCACGUUAGUUAAUGAGUUUGUUAUUGGCUCAUCUGUUGAGAAUCUUUCGCAAAAAGUGGAUGAAAAGAAAUAUCUCUCAUAUCUUAGGCAUUUAUAAAGUAUGUGCUUUUAUGUAACAUUUCUUUCAUGAUUAAUAAAUUCUUGAUUGUGAAAGUGCAGGAUGAUGCGAAAUUGUUGUGCAAAGGGUAUGACCUCAAAUGGAGUUGCUUGGAGAUUUGACUGGUCGACAGGGAAAAAUCGUUCACAUUAUUCGAAGCUGUGUGUGGUAAAGUGUUGCUUCUUGAACGUCGUUCUAGCCAUGCAUACACAUUGCUGUCAUACAUGGAUGUGUGAUGGUUCUUUGAAGUAGCCCAAUGCCACUUCCAGCCCAGUCCCAGCUGCGUAAAAAUGCAUUUACUUGUUUCUGCAUGUAUAAACAACAGUAUAUUGGGUCACUGGAGGUUACGUGACACAUGGCUCAAGGGAUGUUUUUGAUUCUUUCAUUUUUGUUUUUAUUUGUUUGCAACUUAAUUAAAUGUCAGGGGCUUCUGCUUAUGUAGUGCUGGUUUGGAAUUUCUUUCUGAAAAUGACUGCAGUGCACAGAAGUUUGCUACAGGAGUGUGUUUUUCUGUAUGUAUGUGUUUUGGUGUUAUGUAAUGCUUUGGGAGUUCACUCUGCUGAUUGCUGUUGUACACAUUUGCAUUCUUUGUUAAAAUAAAAUAAAAUAGUUGU